AUGAGGCGUGGCCAUCCCCGAAGGGGGCUCAACAACCUGAAGGGGUAUGUCGGAGUGUCUGGUGUCGCCUCCCCGAAGGGUAGGCGACACCAGAACAACAACCUGUGGGGUGCGAUCGCCACGGCAGCUGCACGUGGCGGUGUCGCGUCUUGCGUCGCGCCCGGGCCGCGGCGCCGGGUCUUACCGAGAAUUCUGAUCGUCGCCUGCCUGGGGUACACCGUGAAGCGAUCCAAACGAGCCAACGCGCCAGUCGUGUGA